CAGUGCCCACGUGGGGACAUCACAGGGCGGGGGUCCUGGAUGUGUGUGCUUGUGGGCACAGGUGGAGCUGCGUGUUCCUCAGUGUUUCCUGCGUGAGCGUCAGGCCUGGAACCGGCGUGGUCAGUAGACUUCCAGGUUGCUGCUCUGGGGCUGGGGCUGGAUGCAGAGCCAGAGGACAAGUGAUGGGGGGCCCCUUCAAACUUCCAGCUGCCUGGAGGAGGAGCAGACGGGAUGGAAGGAGGGUAGGAUGGAGUAGAAAGACCAAGUCAGGGGCCUUGCGUCUGGAGGGGGUGAAAGGGGCAGGGGCAAUUUAUUCUUUCUCUUCUUUUAUUUCUGGAGGUCUAGCUUAUUUGAGUUUCCUCCUAGCUCCUAGCACUCACUUGAGUGAAUAUGAAUUGGGAUUACGGGGAUAUUUUAAAAGUCUGUUCUCUUCCAUUUUCCUGCCUCCCCACAUCCUUUGGAAAGUUGGGUAGUACUUCCUGUGGUCUAACCUCAGUCUUUCCUGCUGCUGCUGAGGUGGAGCUGAUCUUGUUGCUCGAGGUGGGGUGACCCUCCAGAGCCGCCGGCACCCAGUAAACACCCAGAGGGGGCCAAAAAGAACCGGACGCUGACGUGCACCCAAUCCAAGGCCGAGAGGAAGGGCCUUGGCCUCGGAGAGGAUGUUGGAUCUCUGGGUUGCUAAUUCCACUUUUACUUCCCAGGGUGACGCUCCCCAGCCCCCCAGCCCCCUCCCCGGCAUCAUGCAUCGGACCACACGGAUCAAAAUCACGGAGCUGAACCCUCACCUCAUGUGCGCCCUCUGCGGGGGGUACUUCAUCGAUGCCACUACCAUCGUGGAGUGCUUGCAUUCCUUCUGCAAAACCUGCAUCGUGCGCUACCUGGAGACCAACAAGUACUGCCCCAUGUGUGACGUGCAGGUCCAUAAAACCCGGCCGCUGCUGAGCAUCAGAGCUGACAAGACCCUCCAAGACAUAGUCUACAAAUUGGUCCCUGGGCUUUUUAAAGAUGAGAUGAAACGGCGGCGGGAUUUCUAUGCCGCGUACCCCCUGACGGAAGUCCCCAACGGCUCCAAUGAGGACCGUGGUGAGGUGCUGGAGCAGGAGAAGGGGGCUCUGAGUGAUGAUGAGAUUGUCAGCCUCUCUAUCGAGUUCUACGAAACCGUCAGGGACCGGGAGGAGAAGAAGGGCCCCUUGGAGAAUGGAGAUGGGGACAAGGAGAAGACAGGGGUGCGCUUCCUGCGAUGUCCAGCAGCCAUGACCGUCAUGCAUCUCGCCAAGUUUCUCCGCAACAAGAUGGAUGUGCCCAGCAAGUACAAGGUGGAGGUUCUUUACGAGGACGAGCCGCUGAAGGAAUACUACACCCUCAUGGACAUCGCCUACAUCUACCCCUGGCGGCGGAACGGCCCUCUCCCCCUCAAGUACCGGGUCCAGCCAGCCUGCAAGCGGCUCACCUUGCCUACAGCACCCACCCCCUCCGAGGGCACCAACACCAGUGGGGCAUCAGAGUGUGAGUCAGUCAGCGACAAGGCUCCCAGCCCUGCCACCCUGCCGGCCACCUCCUCCUCCCUGCCCAGCCCAGCCACCCCCUCCCAUGGCUCUCCCAGCUCCCAUGGGCCCCCAGCCACCCAUCCUACCUCCCCCACUCCCCCUUCAGCAGCCAGUGGGGUCAGCACAGCUACCAACGGGGGCGCCUCGAACUGCCUGCAGACACCAUCCUCCACCAGCAGGGGGCGCAAGAUGACUGUCAAUGGAGCUCCUGUGCUCCCCUUAACUUGAGGAAAGGGACCUUUCCCUCCUCUUCCAGCCAUGCCUCUCCACCCCUCCACUUUUUCUGGGCUCCUAUUUCCACCUCUUCUACUUUCCCCAGCUCCUCCCACCUUAGGGGUGGGGGGUGGGUUUUAUAAAUAAAUCUCUCUCUAUAUAUAUAUGUACAUAGGAAAAACCAAAUAUACAUACUUAUUUUCUAUGGACCAACCAGAUUAAUUUAAAUGCCACAGGAAACAAACUUUAUGUGUGUGUGUGUAUGUAGGGGAUGGGUGUUAAUUUUGAAGGGGUCUUGUGUAAUUUGCUCUACUCUAUUUUUGGGGGGUACCUGAAAGUGGACUGGAGGGGCCGCUUGAGGCUCAGUAAAGCUUUGCCCCAUCCUCCUUCUGUUUCCCAAGGCAGAUGGGGUGUUGCAGGGCCCACCAGCCCCCAAAGCUUUAGGCACAACUCUUAACUGGCUGUGGAUGGGUCCACCCUCUCUCUCUCUCCAUCUUGGCUGCUGUCGUGCCCUGACCCAACCAGCCCCCUACCCCCUCAUGUUGAAUGUCCAGAGACUUGCUAAGACAGUGCCUUUUACAAAUGCAGUUUAUCCCCUGGUUUUGGGGAGCGAGCGGGUGGUGGAGAUGGUAUCUCCCUUACCUCCUCCUCAUGCAGUGGAAACUUUGUGCAAAGCGUAGCUAGUUCUGUCCUUUUUUGUUUUUUUUCCCUGUGUGUGUGGCCUUUGCACCGUUUUCCUUGUGGAAGAGAAGAUUCGGGCCAUGGGAGGCCUCCGCCCUUGACAUCCCACUGUGGCUCUAGCAUUGUGAACCACUUCACCCCCGGGUCCCCCUACCCCCACCCAGGCACCCACAUCAGCCAGCCUGGUGGUAAAGUCUCACUUGGGGACCUGGAGUGGAGAGGUGGAGUGGGGUUAACCUCAGACAAGCACAGACCCCAGAUUUUGCUAAAGGCAAACAGCCCUCCAGUCCUCUCCCUACCCCCAGCUGAGGCCCAGUCAGGAAAGAGCCUCGGGGGCAUCUGAAAGCACAAGACAGACACUUGUAAGCUCUGUCCUCAACUCCAUCCUGAGAGGUCAGUGGACCACCCCUGAGGGGCAGGCCCCGGGAGCUCCCUGCCUACCUGUUUUCUCCCAAUGUACAUAGGUCAGAUCGGGGAGGAGGCAAGACUCUGUCACAACCUAGGUGUCUGGGUUGGGUUCCCCCAGUGGGUUUGUCUGUGUUUGCACCUGGUCCGUUGUCUGAGGUGCUAUGACUGUACCCUCCUCCUACCCUGGGACAUUUGCAUCUCCUGGCUUUGUAAUAAAUGCUGCAUAUUCUCCA